AUGCCACAAAAAUCGAAUAACAGUGUCGAAAAAAGCCGAGGAACUCCUCGAUCCAAUGCUGAUGUUCUUUCUUCAACCGAACCAGUUGCAACUUCAACAGGAGAUCAAUCGGAAGCAGUUACUUCGUCUUCGAAAAAAUCUGUGCCAGGAUCAUCGGCAAAUGGAUCAGUUAGUUUGAUUUUUCCAUAUAAAGCUCUCAACAAAAAAUUAAUCGAAAAAAAAAAUUUACAAUCAGUAUUAAUCUAACAAGGGAAAAUUUUCAGCUCGAGUUUUGAACCAUCUUAAUGAACAUAUAAAAAAAUUCAGCUUCCGAAGAACACCAAGUUCUGAUGCGCCAAAGUGUCAGAAAUCGUAUUCUCCGGCAGCUGAAUUUUUUAUAUGUUCAUUAGAAUGGCUCAAAAGAUUUUGAGCUCAAAAAGGUUCCCUUGUAAAAAAAUUCCAAACAAAUUUUGGAAGAAGGAAUCAUAAAGUUUCAAAUUUCAAAAGUAAAAAUUAAAAAAUAAACAAAAAAUAGUUUGAAAUAACAGAAAAUGUAAAUCAAAAUUUCAGACUCAAUUGGAAUCGCAAUCCGUCAACUCAAAUGCUGUCACAACAUCAACAACAGGAGCGAAUGUUCCUCGUGCUGUACCAGUUGGAGGAAUUCCUGGAUCGGGAAGAGAUGUUUCAGGACCACUUGCAAUUCCAUCAGGAGAUCAAUCUAGACCAGAUGAUCAAUCUUUGACCGGUUCAGUUGCAAUUCCAAAAGGACAUCAAUCGGAAAGAGAUGUUUCAGCAUCGAGCCGUCCAGCUUCAACUCCACAAGGAUAUCAACUUGCAUCCCGACAAUCCAUAACUGUCAGUUUUUUUUGAUUAAUAGUGAAUUCUCAUCUGCAACUAGCAAAAAUUACCUGUGAAAAAUAUAAUUUUCAAUAUACAACAAAAGACGAAAAAUUCUGUAAUCUCACAAUUUUAUAUACAAAAAUUUCAAAUCAAUUUCAACCAUAUAUUUAAACCACUAACGUUUUCCACAAGCUUCAUGAAAAUUGAAAUUUCAGGUUGCCGCCGCCAUGAGACAAAAUAUUGCUGAUCCAGUUGCAGCACAACAAAUAUUGGAAAUGUUGCAAAGCCAAUACACUUUUGAAUAUCUUAAGAAUUUGAAAUAUGUGACAUUUGAAGAAAUUCAAUGGUUGCACAAUCAUAUGAAAUAUUUGAUAGAUUCAAAUGAAGAUGAGAUUUAUGUACUGGUGAUGAACGUUAGAAGAUCAAAAGAUUUCCCAGUUUUGCAAGCAAAUAUAAUGGCGAAAAUCAUUGAUGUGAUGUUGAGAAAGAGUUUGUCGCACGUUGAAGGAAAUGUGGAUUCGACACCAAUGAGUCUAGGGUGAGUUUGGGUUGAGAGUGUGCUGAGGAAUUCAGAAGGCUCCAGACAACAAUUUGGAGGCGUCAGAAGGCUUGAGAAUGCUACAGAAGAAUUUUGAAGAAUUUAAAAACAUUUUGAGGACUAAAAAGGCUUCAGAGAGCUUCGGAAGACGUUAAAAGAAUUUCGGAGGCGUCAGAAAGUUCUAAAAUAAGUUUUGGAGAUUUUGAAAAAGCUUCAGAAGGCUUGCUUUCAAAACUACAUUUUUUUUGUAUGAAAUUCAAAUCUAAAUUCAAUUUCAAAACUUCUAAUUCACUUCCGACUAUCCUCACUGUUUUUCUUUAUAUGAAUAUACAGUAGCGAACAAAACAAUAUCCCCUCCCUACUAUUUGAUGAAAACACAUGUUAAAACUCGUUUUUGAUUGGUGAAACGUGGUGGACCUUUCUCAAAAUCAAAAAUUGACCCGGAUUGGUCUUUUAGUUGACCAAAUUCCAAGUUCUGUGAAGCCUGAUCUUCUAUGAUGAAACAUCGAAAAUAUCCUCGAUUUUGUAUUUUUGAUUCUGACAUCAAUUUUUCAUCCACCAGUAGACUUUUUUCUAGUUUUUUCGUUGUAUUAUAUAAAUUGAGGUCUCUCUUCAAUAAUACAAACAAAAAAUAUCAGAAAUAAUCAUUGGAUUCGAAGUUUCUCGAUGUUCAAUGGUGACCAUCAGCAAUGAUCAGAAAGAUCGAUUCCACCAAUGUCAUCGAUUUUUCUUACGAUUUUUUUGCUUGAAUAGUUUAUUGGUAUAUGAUCUGAACCUUUUCUAUCAAAAAAAUCUUUGAAAAAUUAUAUUUUCGAUCGAUUUCAUAGAUGUUGUCACCGAUCCCGUCAAGAACAUCAAUAUAAAACUCCACUUAUAUGUAUGGAAGAUUGAAAAUUUUAUGAAUAAAUACUAAUUGUUGGAAGAACACGUGAUUCUCCUUCAGCUUGGUUCAUAAAAACUUGGUUAACAAUGUUUUCGAAGUCAUAAUCGCGUUCAAACCAAAAUCUAUCAAAAACUAAUGGAAAGGACAUCAGUGAAAUCGAUCGGAAAUAUAGUUUUUUAAAGAUUUUUUGAUAGAAAAUGUUCAGAACAUAUACCAAUAAACUAUUAAAGCAAAAAAAUUGUAAGAAAAAUCGAUGACAUUGGUGGAAUCGAUCUUUCUGAUCAUUGCUGAUGGUCACCAUUGAACAUCAAGAAACUUCGAAUUCAAUGAUUAUUUCUGUUAUGUUUUGUUUGGAUUAUUGAAGAAAGACCUCAAUUAAUAUAAUACAACGAAAAAACUAGAAAAAAGUCUACUGGUGGAUGAAAAAUUGAUGUCAGAAUCAAAAAUACAAAAUCGGGGAUAUUUUCGAUGUUUUAUCAUAGAAGAUCAGGCUUCACAGAACUUGGAAUUUGGUCAACUAAAAGACUAAUCCGGGUCAAUUUUUGAUUUUGAGAAAGGUCCACCACGUUUCACCAAUCAAAAACGAGUUUUAACAUGUCUUUUCAUCAAAUAGUAGGGAGGGGAUAUUGUUUUGUUCGCUACUGUAGAAAAUAUUGUCCGCCAAAAAAUAUCUAGGAAAUUUCGAAAACUUGAUAAAUUAGAGUUUCACAAAAACACAUUCAAAGUUAUUUUUUUCAGUAUCGAUCACCCGAAACUCCUUGGUGAUGCAUUCAAUUUGAACAAUAAACCAUAUAAUCAAAUAAAUGCCGAGAAUUUGAUUCAAGAAUUGGUGGCUGUGCAACAAUUAAAUCCCGGAUUCAAAUUUGAUUACCUUUUUCGUGUAUUAAUUAUGGUCAAGCGGCCGGUGAUUCCAACAGGAGAUCAAUCGGGAACAAAUGGUCCAUCUUCGAGCGAACCAAAUGAAACUCCAACAGGAUAUCAAUUGAGUUCAGAUGUUCCAUCUUCGAGCGGACCAGUUGCAAUUCCAUCUGUAGAUCAAUUGAGUCCAGAUGUUGCAUCUUCGAGCGGACCAGUUGCAAUUCCAACAGGAGUACAAUUGAGUCCAGAUGUUCCAUCUUCGAGCGGACCAGUUGCAAUUCCAUCUGUAGAUCAAUUGAGUCCAGAUGUUGCAUCUUCGAGCGGACCAGUUGCAAUUCCAACAGGAGUACAAUUGAGUCCAGAUGUUCCAUCUUCGAGCGGACCAGUUGCAAUUCCAUCUGUAGAUCAAUCGAGAGCAGAUGAUCCAUCUUCGAGUGGACCAGUUGCAAAUCCACCAGGAGAUCAAUCAACAUCCCGACAAUUCCUAACGGUUAGUUUAUUCGAUUUAUAGUGAAUUUCCAUCUGCAACUAGCAAAAAACUGAAAAUUCUGUAAUCUCACAAGUUUAUAUUCGGAAAUUUCGAAUCAAUUUCAACCGAAAUUUUGAACCACAAGCUUCAUGAAAAUUGGAAUUUCAGGUUGAUGACGCCGAAAAUAUUCCCGGUGCCGACCUUCAUUGUCUCAAGUUCGUUACUUAUGAGGAUGUUGAAGAGAUGGAGCGUUGGAUGGAAUACAAACUUAACUCAAUUACAAUUGAACAAUGUGAAGCGAUUGUGGCAAUGAAAACAACAGAAGUUCAGCAAAUGUUACCAGCCACGAUAUUGGCGAAAAACUUGGAUGUUUUAUUGAGAAAAUAUUUGUCACACGUUGAAGGAGACCUGCACAAGACUUUGAUUACUUUUAAGUGAGUUUGGGUUGAGAGGGACCUGAGGAAUUCAGAAGGUUCCAGAAGGUUCUAGAAGGUUCAUAAAUUCGAGUUUCUUCACAAAAACGCAUUUAAAGUUAUAUUUUUCAGAAUUGGUAGCAAAACAAUUGAUUUCGAAUUACGAUGGGAGAAUAAGACGUUGAGUAAAAUCAAUUCGGAAAGAGUAGUUCGAAACUUGGUCGCGCUUCGAGAAUCCAAUCCCUAUUUCGUAUUCGAUCACAUGCUCCAUUUUAUGAUUCAUAUCAAACGGCCGGUGACUCCUUCUCCAAUAUCUGCACAAAAUACAGCUCAAACAGGACAUCAAUUGAGCGCAGAUAUUCCAUCUUCCAGCGGAACAGCUUCAACUCCACAAGGAUAUCAAUCGACAUCCGGACCACAAGCAGUUAGUUUUUUUUUGAUUUACGGAAAAAGAGGGUUUUUCGAAACUUUAUGCUCUCAAAUGUGGGAAUAUUUUCACUUCUCAUAAAAUUUGAGAGCAAGGAUCAGAUUAAGCUUGAAAUUCUGAACAAAAGCUACUCCAAAAACCAACAUUUGAAAAUCAUUUCAAGCUUUUAAAAAAUCAAGUUAUUGAAAACCCCUGUUUUUCCAUUCAGAGUCGAAAAUUCUGUAAUCUCACAAGUUCAUAUCCAGAAAUUUCGAAUCAAUUUCAACCAAAAUUUUGAACCACUAAAGUUUUCCACAAGCUUUAUGAAUAUUGGAAUUUCAGAUUGCUGUCGCCUCAACACAAAAUGUUCCUGGUUCAGCUAUUCAUCAUCUCAGCUUCGUAACAAAUUCGGAUGUUCAAGAAAUGGAGAAUGAUAUGAUUUAUAUAUAUAAAUCAAUUACAACUGAAAGAUGUGAUGUUGUCAUGUCAAUCAGAAGAUCUGAUGUUCAGCCAAUUCUACCUACUAAUAAACUGGCAAAACACUUGGAUGUGCUUAUGAGAAAACUUAUAACACAUAUUCAAGGAACACUGAAUGAUACACCAAUUACGUUGAAGUGAGUUUGGGUUCAGAGAGACCUGAGGAAUUCAGAAGGCUCUAGAAGAAUUUUCGGCUCUGUUCGGAAACUUAACUUGAUUGUGGAUCUGUAGUUUACGGGACCUCAGCUUUGAAUGCUAGAAAAGCUUUAAAAAUUCAAUUUUUAUGUUUGUGCAGCUCUGGAAUAAAGGCUUAGGCUUAGACAAUUUCGAAUAGAGAUAAAUUACUUUUCUUUUUCAGAUAUUUGUACCCCUAUAAAACCUUUUUGUUAUUCUAAAACCCUUUAUUUUCUGUAAAACCCUUUAUUCUCUGAAAAGCCCUUUAUUUUCCGAAAAACCCUUUAUUUUCUCGAAAACCCUUUAUUUUCUCGAAAACCCUUUAUUUUCUGAAAAACCCUUUAUUUUCUGAAAAACCCUUUAUUUUCUGAAAAACCCUUUAUUUUCUGUAAAACCCUUUAUUUUCUGAAAAACCCUUUAUUUUCUGAAAAACCCUCUUUUUUCUGAAAAACCCUCUAUUCUCUGAAAAACCCUUUAUUUUCUGAAAAACCCUUUAUUUUCUGAAAAACCCUUUAUUUUCUGAAAAACCCUCUUUUUUCUGAAAAACCCUCUAUUCUCUGAAAAACCCUUUAUUUUCUGUAAAACCCUUUGUUUCCGAACAAAGCCGAAAAAGAGCUUCGGAAGAUGUUCAAAUAAUUUUGGAGCCUUCAGAAGGCUCUAAAAUAAAUUUUGGAGAUUUUGAACAAGCUUCAGAAGGCUUUCUUUCAAUUUUGUAUGAAAUUCAAAUCUCAAUUCAAUUUCAAAACUCUCUCAUUCUCCCACACUAUUUUCCUGUACAUAGAAAAUAUUGUCCGCCAAAAAAUAUCUAGAAAAUUUGGAAAACUUGAUAAAUUUGAGUUUCACAAAAACGCAUUUAAAGUUAUAUUUUUCAGAAUCUGUCAUCCAGAACUACAUUGUGCAUUGGUGUGGGAUAACAAGACAUUCAAUCAAUUAAAUUCCGAAAGAGUUGUUCAACACUUAGUCGCGUUACAAAAAUGUGAUGCUGGUUUUUUAUUCGAUCAACUUAUCGAUAUUGUUAUAACUGUUAAACGGCCAGUCACUCUCGAUCCAAAUGCUGCGGCUUUGGCUGUUACCAAUCUGCGAUUUGUGAAUAUGGAAGAGAUUAGCAAUUUAGAAGAGUUUAUGCAUCCUUUGUUCGACUCGGUUUUGGAUGAUGAAUAUAUUCUGUUUAUGAGAGUUAAAACAUCAUUGAAUUUCCCGGUUUUGCCAGAAAAUGUUUUGGCGCAAAUUGUUGAUGUGAUGUUGCGCAAGAGUGUUUCGCGUGUUCGAGGCGAUGAGGAUGAAACACGGAUGACUUUAGGGUGAGUUUGGGUUGCGAGGGACCUGAUGAAUUCAGAAGGCUUCAGAAAAAUCUGUUGGUACUCUGUUGAUAAAAUGCCAUCACUAGUUUUCUAUAUGAGUAUAGAAAAUAUUGCUGGCCAAAAAAGUUGAUAAAUUUGAGUUUCACAAAAUCACAGUCAUUUCUUCCAGCUUCGAACAUCCGAAUUUACCGGGCGGACGAAUCGGUUGGGCAAAUAAACCGUUGACAGCAUUAAAUGCCGAACUCUUGAUUGGCGAAUUGGUUAAUCUACAAAAUUCUUAUCCUCUAUUCCAAUUCGACGGUAAUCUUCUCGUUUCAAUCAACAUCAAACUUCCUGUGAAUUCUCCUGAAACUGCUCAAGCAUCAGGAAGCACCUAA